AUGUACAGUGGCAAGAUUGAAAUGAUCUGGGAGCAUAUGACGGAAUGUAUGGCUGUGACAAACUAUCUUGGAGUGGUUUUCCUUCAUCAUAAACUUGAAAACACUUUGAAAGCAAUGACGAGUGAGCCGACAACACGCAUCGAAGCGGUGAACGUGGCCUCCCAUCCGACAACAGGAGUUUCACUAGAGACAGCAUCACAAAUACUGCAAACGAUUCACGAAAGAUACGCACCACUGUCGAUGGAGGAAAUUAUGGUGAAUUGGGCUGCCAUAUGUAAAUGUCAAGGAAUCCUGUCGAUUGUCUUAGAGAAACCUUUUAUCGUCGUCAAUGCAGAAUAUUAUAAAGAGGAGCGCUCUGAUAGGUUACGUGUUCCACAAAACAUAGUUUGGAUCGAUGCUAUUAUUAACAACAUCUUCAUAGAAGACAUGAAUUCGCAAGAACUUCUUGCCUUCCAAAGGACGCUUAGAGCACUGUCAGAGCUGCCGUCGUACACUAACGUUGCAUCAACUAUGUCAAGUAAAAGCGAGAACUGUGAUUCUGAGGACUCAUUGGACUACUGCAGCGAUAGAAACCAAGGAAGUUUGUCCGAAAAAGACGAGAGUCAGGUUGAAGAGACUAGGAGAUUGCCACCGGCUAAAGAGGUUUUCAGACAACAAGUCUUUGAUGGCGGAAACGUAGCUUCAAGUGGAAACGGUGAAAGUGGUAAACCAAGUCAAACUGCAGAGGUCAAGGAAAAAGCAGACGGGUAG